AUGUACAGUACCUGCAAAGGCUUAUAGCCGCGAUACUUAUACAUAUAUCUAUAUCGACAGUGCCUAGCAGCCGCGGGUAUACAGUAAUCCACUUAAGCAUAUUGGAUCACACUCGUUUGGAAUUAAAUUUCGAGCAAAGUUUCUUUCUUCUUUUGCUUCUCUUCGUCGGAGAUAGAGACCGGAUAAAGAUCGACAUUUACCUCUCUCGCGAUAGAGCGGCCUAUUUGAGUGUGUGUACUUCAAAAAUACCAUGAGUCUCGUAACAUCAAGCAAUUUCGUGUUCUGUUUUUUUGAAAUCGAUCUGCCAAUCGUAUCGACCAAUUUUUAUAAAAUGAAGAAUUUGACAAGAAAUCAUGAUCUCCUCAUUUCGAUUGAUUCGUAGCACUUGAAAAGUACCUAAACGUAUUUAAUUUUUGAGAAAUUGAAUUAAUCACUUGCAAGAUAUUGUGUCUAAGUAUAUAGUUUCAAAAGUGUCAACAUUGAAGGGAACUAUGUUAAAUAUCUUCACCCGCCAAAGACAACAUUACAACAUCAAUAAAUAAAAUCACAUCAAGAUCUGCUGUCUAAAAGAGAGAUUUGAUCUGCAUACCUAUGAAAUCUAAAUUCGAGUCUCAAAUAUUUAAGUGAAGAAACUGCUUCUGCAAGAGAGAUAGAAAAUCGCAUUGGAAGCAUCAAGAGAUAACUUCACUGCUACGAGUUAAGAAGAAUAAUUUAUUUAUCUUGCAUUGCAAGAAUUACAAGAAAGAGUUACCAGUAUUGAAAUAAAAAAAACAAACUUCAAAAAUGGCAGGUAUCGAUAACGACCUAGAAGAAGUUAUGGGACACUUGGGGGAGUUCGGAAAAUAUCAACUAUUUCAAUUCUUACUGCACAUAGUUGGUGCAUUGACUGCUGGCCUCCACAUGUUAACACUUUUGACAGUAGCAGCUGUGCCAGAAACUUAUAUAUGCGUGCCACCAGGUACAAAUCUCAAUGAAACUGUCAUUACGAACGAAACGUUCCUGUUGACUCCAGAAUUAGACAAAUGUUCCUACAAGGAUUCUUAUAAUCAGACGAUGGAGUGUGAUCAGUGGAUCUACGACAGGACUUAUUACGAAUCAUCCAUAGGAAUGGAUUGGAAUUUCGUUUGUACGCGUAGAUGGAUGGGUGCGACCGCACAGUCGGCCUACAUGUUCGGCGUCUUUCUUGGGGCUGUAACAUUGGGAAGUAUGGCUGAUAAUUAUGGCCGUAAAAUAAUAUUUUACGUGUCUUCGGUGGCUCAACUUAUCCUUGGAGUAUCGGUUGCGUUCAUACCUGAAUAUUAUUCAUUUGUCUUGGUCCGAUUUUUGUACGGAUAUUUCGGAUCAGCCGGAGCAUAUAUUACUGGUUUUGUUUUGAGUAUGGAACUCGUUGGGGCUUCAAAGAGAACAUUUUGCGGAUUAAUGUUCCAAUUAGCAUUUGCUGUUGGUUUCAUGUUAGUUGCUGGCUGGGGAGCUGUAAUUAAAAACGCAACAUAUCUGCAGGUUGUAUACGGCAUGCACAGUGCUUUACUAUUAGGUCACUGGUGGCUGAUGGAUGAAUCUCCUCGGUGGCUUUGGGCUCAAGGUCGCAUUCGCGAGUCCUUAACCAUUGUUCAAAAAGCACUAAGAAUGAACGGCAGUACAGUUAUAUUGGACGUUGAAAAAUACACUUCUAAGGGCAAAAUAAAAGAAAUCAAUGAUGACGAAAAAGCCCAUAGUGGAUUUGACCUUUUAAGAACACCUAAUCUGCGGAAUAAAACUUUGAACGUUUGCUUCAACUGGUUCGCUAAUUCUAUAGUCUACUAUGGUCUAUCGCUAAAUACAAAAAGUCUGCCGGGUAAUCCUUAUUUAAUGAUGUUCCUGAGUGGAUUAGUCGAGGUCCCAAGUUAUAUAUUCGUUUGCUUGGUCAUGGAUCGUUGGGGUCGAAGAAGUCUCAUAAGUGGAUUGAUGUUGAUCGGAGGAGUGUGUUGCGUGUUCGCGUCAGCUUUCUCCGAAGAAGAUAGUUUUAUAUUGAAAAUUACAGUAUCUUUGAUCGGUAAAGCAUGCAUCGCUGGAUCCUUCGCCAUAAUUUACAAUUACACGGCUGAACUAUUCCCCACGGUAUUGAGGAACACUGCCUUAGGAGUCGGUUCAAUGUGCGCGAGAUUGAGCGGCGCCAUCACACCUUUAUUGAUGCUUUUGGACUUUUUGGAUCCAAAGGUCCCAGCCACGGUUUUUGGAAUUAUCGCACUGGGAUCAGGAUUUACAGCGCUUUGGUUGCCUGAAACCCUCAACAAACCCAUGCCUGAAACGCUUGAAGAUGGCGAAGAGUUUGGUAAGGGCGACACAUGCUUUUCCAGUUGCUGCAAUCAACGAGUUGUUGACAAACGAAGUUAUCAAGUGGCAUUGGAAAAAAUGGGUGGAAACGCCUUUGAAAGUGGCGAUUCAAAGGCUUGAGUCCAGUUAUGUUAGACUAUUAGUCUAAGUUAUAACUAUUGAAAACUUUUAAUUCCAAUUCGCGAUAUUCUUUUGUAAUUUCAAAAGUAUAUUUAACGAUAAAAAUUAUGGAAAAAUGAGUGGAAAUCACGCAUAAUAUGUAAAUAUAUGAAGUUGCCUAUUCCAUUAUAAUUACGAUAGAAAAUAAGUUUUUCUGUAAGAUUGAUAUACCGUAUCAAGUACUGCAUUCCUGAUCGUAGUGGAAAGGCACGUGUUAUUUUUUUGUACGUAAAAUCCGUAUUUUUUAUGAGUAUGAUUUUGACGAGUCUUUAACUUUAUAGAACAAUUUUUUUAUGAAACUCAUCCUUUUUCUAAUAUAAAAAAGUUUACGACUUUUGCAUGUUGUAAGAAAUCAGACAAAUCCUCAAAUGUAAUAAUUAUUUUUAACAAUCGUUGUUUAUAUAUUCGUUAUUAUAAUUAAUAAAAAAUCGUUAUUAUAAUUAAAACUAAGUUUGUGUUUACCAACAGUUUAUAAUUAGUAUUAAAAAAGUUGGUUAUUGAGGAGCAUGUAUAAUGUGUAUAAGUGUGUUUAUAAAAGUUAAUACUUUUGACCAAAAUCUUACAAAUUCUCAAAUAUAAAACGAGUUAUUUAUUUGUUCUCAUUGCAAUACUACUUACGUAUUGUCAUCAAUGAAAUUAAUUUUUGAAGAUGAAGAAUAUAAAUUGUUUUAUACAUCACCAAAAAUUGUUAAAUAUUUACG